CUGAGAAUUGAGAAUGUCAACUUCCGCAUAUUUUUUCAUUUUGAAAACAUGACUAUAUUAGUCAUUAGUAUGAGGUCUUUAACAUGUAAUUUGUGCGGUUGUUGAUCAUGUUUAUACUUUAUAGCAAAAAAUUAAGAGUGCUACUCUAUCUCACUGAACUCCGUCCCCUGCUUCCAAGCCAAAACUCAUCUGUGCAGGAUCGCCCAAUGUAAUAUUGAGAGGUAUAAAAGUAAGCAAUAAAUCACAUACUUUCUUGUCCAUUAACUCCAAAUUAACCACAAGCAACUCAAUGACUGCGUACAGGUGCCACUCUUUUAUUGUCCGUUGAAGAAUCAAAUGCGGUAUUCUAUAAAUAUAGACGCCCAACCCUGAAUACUAUUAAGCUCUCCACGCCAUUAAGUGAAAAACGAACGUACAUGAUGAGGAAGCAUAUUCUACUAGCUUCACUGUUCAUCACUCUCCGUCUCCUCAUCCCAUCCCCUCCCUCUGCAACAGCUUCCCCUCUCCAUAAACGAAACACCGACACCCGGCUUGAAAUAUUCCCCCAAGUCCACAGCUGGGAUCACUCACCGCUCGCCGAAAUCCUCACCCGCGACCAGCAGCGCGUUGAGUCCCUCCGCCACCGAAUCGUUAUGGGCGGCAACAACAAAAGCCAAACCCCGCCGCUUCUUCCCACCAACACCGGAUCAUCGUCAAUCCCACUCACUUCCGGUCUCUCCAUCGGGUCAGGCAACUACUACGUGAAACUCGGGAUCGGAUCCCCGGCCAAAUACCACGCGAUGCUGAUGGACACGGGGAGCUCUCUUUCGUGGAUGCAGUGCAAGCCCUGCGUCAUCUACUGCCACUCCCAGGCCGACCCUGUUUUCGAUCCCUCUGCUUCUUCCACCUACUCCAAGCUAUCCUGCGCCACGCCUGAGUGCUCUUCGCUCAAGGCCGCCACGUUGAAUGAUCCAGCCUGCGAGGCUGAUUCCAAUGCUUGUAUCUACACUGCGAGCUACGGUGACGCCUCCUAUUCCAUCGGCUACCUUGGCAAAGACGUCCUCAACCUUUCCCCUGCAGCUGGCUCUGGCUCUGGCUCGCAGCAGAGGUUUACUUUCGGGUGUGGGCAGGAUAACCAAGGCCUCUUUGGCAGGGCUGCUGGGAUUCUUGGAUUGGCGCGCGACAAGCUCUCCUUCUUAUCCCAGGUAGCUUCUAAUGGCUUCUCGUAUUGCCUCCCGACCGCAACUCCAGCGGCGUCAUCCUCCGGUGGAGGCUACUUAUCACUCGGCAGCUCCGCCUUGUCAUCCCUACCCUACAAAUUCACACCGAUGCUCACCGAUCCCAAAAACCCUUCCCUCUACUUCCUCGACCUCACCGCCAUCACUGUCGCGGGGAAGCCGUUGCCGGUCAGCCCAGACUCCUACAGAGUCCCAACGAUUCUGGACUCCGGGACUGUGAUCACACGAAUCCCCGCCGCCGCCUAUACGGCGCUGCAGGCCGCCGUGGUGAAGGCGGUCUCGGGGAAGUUCGCUCAGGCUCCCGCGUAUUCCAUACUGGAGACUUGCUUCAAGGGGAAGCUGAGCGAGAUGGCGGCGGCAGUUCCCCGGGUCGGGCUGGUGUUCCGGGGCGGGGCGGGCUUGGAUCUGCUGCCCCGGAACCUGCUGGUGGAGGUUCCAGAGGACGGGAUCACUUGCUUGGGCUUUACCAAGAGUCCCACAAUUGCCAUCAUUGCCAACCGUCAGCAGCAGACGGUCAACGUGGCCUACGAUGUUGCCAACUCCAGGAUUGGCUUCGCUCCCGGUGGCUGCCAUUGAUAUACCGUAUACGUGCUUAGCUAGCUCUACCUAGCUAGCUAGUAAUUGCUCGCUUAGCUGUUGCUUGAGCGACUCGAUCGUUACACCAUUGUACUCAUAAUUACCAAGUCUACUUGUUUACCAUGUUACUUUUACUUGUAUGAAGAAAGCAAAAGAAGAACAAUAUCGGGAAAAAAUCGAUCUAAUAUAUGAGAUUCGAUUGUACAUAUUUAUAAAUUAGGGUAAGCAUUUAGUAAAAAUUGUACAUUGAAUUGUACAAUUUUGAUGUGGAAUCUUUUCAAAGCAUAUUCGCCCUUUAUAUGUGGUAUCAGACGAGUUUUAGCACUUUCAUAUUAUGUAUCGUACUCGUUAAUGAAAGGAAAGUUUUGAG